AUGGUGAAAACAGAGAAGCUUCUGUCAUUGGCGGACGGCUGGGAAGAAGUGUUUGAGAGGGGCCGCAUGAUUCCACCGCCGGGGCCGAUGUUGCGGCAGUCUGUGGACAGCCACCUUUCUCGGUCCUAUGGCUUUCAACUCGCAUUUAAGCAGUGUGCGGCGCCGCACGUACCGAUGGGGACACCUGAUGCUGCAGCAGACAUGACCUUCCAACUACGAGUCACAUUUUUUGAUAGAAAUUACCAGUACUUCUUUGGAAGAACCUGGAAGAGUGUCCCACAGAAGAUGAAAAACAACAAGAUAACCCUUGAUGAGAUCCUGUACUUCCACACAUCCCUACGUAUGCCUAGCACCGUGUUGAUUCUGGAGCUGGUAGCGCUGGCAAAGAGGUCAGAUGGUUCGCAACUGGCCCUGGGGGAAGGCUUUGCAGUUUUAGAUCUUCCUUUCAACAAGACAGAGCCUCACAGGGACAGACGGCUGAAUCUACUUCACGGGUCACCGAGAGUUCUUCUCCACCCACUCUUGAAGGACGUUGUUGACUACAGUGAUCAUCUGAAAACUAUUGAUGAAGCACAUUUGGAAUGUACGCUAAAAGGACACUCUACACUGGCUCCCAUGAUGCACCUCCUUCCAGAGAAUGUCCUUGUGUCAAGGAAUGAGAACAUUCCAGGACUUGCCCCUUCUCCAACAGGCGAUCGGCUUUUGAAACCCGCGCUGCUCAAGAUGCUGCCCUUCACCCUGAGCAGACUGACAAUCUGCCUCCAGCCGUCCCUCGAGGUCUUCGAGAGUCAGCUGCUGCAGCUCAUCAAUGCCGACUGCCAGAACACGCAGCAGCCAGAUCAAGAGGGCUCACUGAAAAUGGUCGCAAUCCAGGAAAGAAGGCUGCACGUCGGCGUUCACAAUGGCUGGUGUUUUAUCGAUACACCUCAAAUAAUGGUGCUAGAGCUUCUUACCACAGGAUCCAAAGGGCGAGGGGACAGCUCGUCAUCAUUAUUGCCUCCUCCUGCACUGGGUCUUCGGAGCAACCUGGAGCUCAUGCUGAUCAAUCAUCGAGCUGUAGCUGUUGUCUUCCAGCUGGAGUACGUCUUCUCUGCUCCAUUUGGCCAAGAAACAAUGCUGUCUGCCAUGACAACAUCCCGGGCAGCUUUCCUGCAGUGCCUACGGUGGGCGAUAUUGUGCCCGUUCGAGGAGCAGAAGGACUGGAAAGGAGAAGAAACACAGCUGCUUCUGCAAGGGGGUUCGAAGCCUAACCCUCUAGGAGUCAUGGUCUACAACUCAGCUGCAUCACUCCCAACCUCAGGCGCAAUUCAGGAUACGAUCGGAUUUCGACUGUCCCCCAGUGAGGAUAAAACAACUUCCAGCCCAAAGACACCUCAGAAAACAAAUCUGCAGGAUGCACCACAUCAAGGAAGAUCAUCUUCGUCUUCCACUCAAAGUCUAAGUGACAUCCAAGCAGUUUCAUCUCCAGAAUCACCGCAGGGCCCAAAGCUCUCACUUUCUCAGCUGACGGCUCCUUCACGCAACCCGACCAUCAGCUGCUCAGGGUUGCCAUGGCAACAGUCAUUUCCUUCUCUCCUCCAUCCUGUCCUAAGACCACCUGCACAAUGGCCAUCGCAUGAUGCAAGAUCACCUUCCGUGUGCGCUCAAAAGAACGCCGAAAACAUACAGGCUGAGACCUGCUCAGAUGUCAGCAAUAUUGCUCACCUUGAGAUGGAUCUUCAACCAGUAAGGGAUGGGACAAAUUCAGCUAAACAUAAUGAAGCUCCUGUCAACACCGGGGGCGUCGCCGCAACAAGUUUGUCAACAGUCAGUUCCAGGGGCUCACUCGCCCACCUCUACUCUGUUGUUUUCCCUGACAUUGUGGACUCGAAAGGUCAGGCGGCAGACGUCCUGAACCCCGCAGAGCCAGUGCCCUUUGAUCUGCGCAGUGAAGAAAUGGAUCCUCAACAGGAAAAUCUUCUGCUCUUCCAGUUCCUAGCAUUUACAAGAAUACCAGUGGAGGGAAUUGAAGCCGAGUGGCCUAUCAACAUCCACUUCACCUUCCAGUUCUACCGUUUUCCACCAGUCACGACGCAGCAACUCCGACUGCUGAGCAGCGACAAGGUGCAGCAGAAAGCCAGCGAGCUGCAUCCUUGUGUACUUACCUCCAUUAACAACGACGGCACUCUAAACUCUGAGUCUCCUGGGCUGCAAGUACAGUUCCGAGUCGAUCACAGUUUUCUGAAGACAGGAGAAAAGUGUCACUUUCUGCACUACCUGGCUCUUCACACCAUGCGUGUUGACAUCUGGGACAGUGACUCAUUGCUGCUCAUAGGUUCAACAGCCAUUGAGCUCAAGUGCAUGUUGCGGCAUGGGAAAACGGCCGUGCAGGCCCUCCAUGACUUGGAUAUUUUGACAAGUGACGACGUGGGAGAGGAAACCUUGGCAGUCCAGGCCUUUGUCAGGGGUCUGCUGCACGUACGCACUGGAAACAUUGGGUCCCAAGCGUAUCUGAGUAGAAGUGGGACAGCAGACCGCUUGCCGUUUCAUUCUCACAUCAUCAUCCCUCGCGAAGUCACUGGUGGCUUCACAGGGGGGAGCCUGUCAACCAGGAAUAUUCCCCAACUUAACGGUAAGAACACUGCACAGGCCCAGAGAUUGCAGGUACAAGAGGAAGGUGGACCACUCUACCGAGGCAAAAUCUGCAAUGAUGCCAUAUUUUCUGGGGAGGGGAGCAAAUUUGACAGUGGACGUCGCAAGCUGGAGUGUAUGGCUGCUGUGUACCAAAAAGAGGCCCAGAAGGAAGCUUCUAAAACCAUGCAUGUUACGGAUGUGACCAAAGAUGUUUAUUUGGACGAACAACCUUAUGAAAGCAGCUUCAACGAAGAUAUCAACAAGGAAGAGGGAAUCAGAAACAUGCUUUGUCAAACGAUCACCACCCCUUAUAAUCUCUUUGCCAGUCUUGGCUCUGCUGAGUACAUGGAAUUCGUCCUGAAAAACCCUUUCAACUGGCCUCAGACAAUCACCAUUCGCAGCAAUGAUCCUGAGCUCAGCGUCAUCACUAAGAGAGAAGAGUGGCAGUACUUUAAGAAACUUAAUAAAAUUGCUAGCCUGCUGAAGGAGGACAUAUUCCGCAUGGAGGAAGGAUCUCCAAGUCCUAAAGUUUACCUCCGUGCCAAGGAGAGUGUUCAUAUUCCACUCAAAUACCAGAGCUUCCUGUGUGACCACAACAUGACUAUCCAGGGACCGAGCGUUCUACCUCCAAGCAAAAGUUUGAACGUGGCCAAGAAGAUUCUGUCCAAUCUCAUUGCUGCCAAAACCAUCAAGAUUUUAUUCGAAGCAGAAAACGGUGAUCCAAUAGCCAUCUGCGAGGUGACCGUGGAGCCAUUACCUCACAUCGUCCAUCAAACCGUCCGGCUUUACCACCCAGAACACUGUUUCCUCAAGAAGGCCAUCCAACUACCGCACUGGCACAUGCACUCUGCAGUUGGAGACACGGAUGCCAAAAUGGCUAUUUCUGCACGUUGCAGCGACCCGAACGUCUGUCAAACCCGAAAGCUGGUGCCAGGAGAACCUCAGGAUCUGCACUUGAAGAUACCCGGAGGUCCAAAUCCAAACAUUAAAAUGUUCUUUGUAAUGGUUUUCACUGAUAAGUGGAUGGCUGCCCCCUCGCAGAUCUGGCAGAUUUACGUACAUUUCAUGGAGCGGGUGGAUGUCAGCUGUAUCGCCGGCCAGCGAAGUUGUCAAUCACUGGUGCUGAGGGGGUGGCAGGCUGCUCGGAAGGUCAAGUGUUUCUCAUCACACCCCCGGGAGAUUGAGGUCAACCCUGGAGGUGUUUUCAUGUUGCCCUCUGCGGGACUGCAGGAGCUCCAGGUGAUGGUGCAGCCAUGGCAUCCAGGCACUCGCUUCCUGUAUGUGAAUGCAGUGGAUGUGGAGCGGAGGCAGUUAGUCACUGCUUGGCUACUGUGCCUCAAUGUCCUCCAUCCUGUGCUGUCCAAGGCAUUUGAGGUUUGUGUUCCGUUGAAUGAGGGCAGAGGCACCUCCAAAAAAAUCACCUACGCCAACCCUUACACCAGCAGCCGCACUUUCCUUCUCCAUUCGGACCGUCCGGAUUUGCUCCAGUUCAAAGAGAAUAAAUUCCAGCUUCAUGGGGGAGAGAGUUACAGCAUUGGACUGCGCUUUGCCCCCAGCUUGAGUGCAGGCUCAGUGGAGAUCCUGGUCUACGUGAACAACCUGGAGGAGAAGACCGAGGAGACAUUCUGUCUGAAGGUCACUUACUCAUGA